AUGAAGAAACUCAGCUGUCUCGUACUGCUGCUUGCCCUCCUGAAACUAAAUGCUUGCCAUCCACUUGGUAGGAACCAGAAGGAAAAAAACUUUAACAAACUGCUUCUUGUUUCUUUUGAUGGAUUUCGCUGGGAUUAUGACCAGGACGUUUACACACCAAACAUGGAUCGUCUGGUAAAUGAGGGAGUGAAGGCAAAAUACAUCACUCCUCCCUUCGUGACUAUGACUUCUCCAUCACAUUUUACAACCAUUACUGGUCGCUGGAUUGAAGAUCAUGGAGUGAUUCAUAAUCUGAUGUUUAACACACAAACCCUGAAGAAGUUUUCCCAUAAAGAAACCCAAAACAAGACAGAAUGGUGGGAUAACGGAGUGCUGCCAUUAUGGAUCACAGCUCAGAAUCAGGGGAGAAAAACAGCUUCAUUCCAUUAUCCUGGUGGUGGUGCCACUUACCACGGGCAGGCAGUUAACAGAGCACUAGUGGAGGCAGUUGAUCAUCCUGACAGUGAUGAGACAGAAUGGAGGGAGAACAUUGACAUAGUCAUGAGCUGGUUCAGCAAAGAGGACUUUGAUUUUGUCACACUUUACUAUGGAGAACCUGACAGAGUAGGGCACAGAAUUGGUCCUGAAACACCCGAGAGGCAAGCUAUCAUUGACCAGAUCGACCGAACCAUUGGCUACUUGGUAGAAGCAAUUGAAAAAAAUGGUUUGAAGGAUAAACUCAAUGUCAUCAUUACAUCUGAUCAUGGCAUGACCACAAUCAAGAAGAAACCUCAAGUACAGGAAAUUUUAUUGUCCAACUACAUCACAUUCAAGGAUGUCAAGUUUGACAUCCUAGACUAUGGAGGCUUUGGUAUGAUAUUGCCCAAAGUAGGAAAAGAAGAGCAAAUAUACCAGGCACUGAAGAAUGCUCAUCCUCAUCUAAAGGUAUUCAAAAAAGAAGAAUUCCCUGAACACUUCCACUAUGCUAAAAAUGAACGAGUUUUACCAAUCCUCGUUUAUGGUGACUCUGGUUACAGCGUUAAUGGGAGGAUUAUCAUAUAUUUUAACAAAGGAGAUCAUGGAUUUGAUAAUGAAGGUAUGGACAUGAAGACCAUAUUCAGAGCUUUUGGUCCCGAUUUCAAAAAGAAUUACUUAGCUGAACCCUUUGACAGUAUCCACAUUUAUCCACUGAUGUGUAAACUCCUGGGAGUUGAUCCAGAGCCCAAUAAUGGGUCUCUGGCAUUUACACAGAAAAUGCUUGUUGAAUCGUCAGAGCCAGAGCCAAUGCCAGAGCGAGACACCCGGCACACGCAGCACAACCAACUUCCUGCUAUUAUUUUAAGUGGUAUUGGAGCAGUUGUUGUAUUCCUAUUCAUCUCCUCUGUGUUAUAUACUGUCAUUCAACGAAGAAAGCGGUAA